AAGGAACAAAGUCUUCUUUCUACCCUACCACGUCAUAUAAACAUUAAAAGCGUUAAUUGUCCCACCGUUCUAACAUCAUCUCAUUUCUUCUUGGAGACUCAACCUCUUCCUUCCCUUUCUCUCCGCAUCUUUAAGGUUUCAAGAAAGUUUGUAAAGAAGUGAGUAUAUCUGUUUUCUGAGGCUCCUAUGGCAGGGCUAAAUUUUGAAGCUGAAUAUCCUGACAGCUUUGAUGUUCUGAAAGUUUUUGCAGCUGAAGGUGUUGAGUUCCUUUUAUCUUGUGAAAGGAAGGUACCCUUGUCCGAUUGCAAUGGGAAAAUCAUCUGUCUAUUUUUCUCUGCCAACUGGUGUAGACCUUGCAGACUUUUCAUUCCUCAUCUUGUUGGUCUUUAUGAAACACUGAGAAAGAGAGGGAUAAAUAUAGAGAUCAUCUUCAUCUCAUUUGACCAUGAUGAGGAUGGAUUUAAAGAACACAUCAAGAGUAUGCCGUGGCUAGCUGUCCCAUUUGAUGCAAAAUUGAAUAGACGACUGAUUGAUAGAUAUCGGGUUGAUCGAAUUCCAUCAUUCAUUCCAUUAUGUUCUGAUGCCUUAACUGUUGACAAAAACAUGAUUGAGUGGAUUGAGGAUUAUGGUGCUGAUGCAUUUCCUUUCACAAGGAAGAGACAUGAGGAAUUGAAAGCCAUAGAUAAAAGAAAACGCGAAGAGGUAAAUUUGGAUGAAUUAUUGACACAUGGAGGACGCAACUUUCUCAUUUCAGGAGAUGAUAGAAAGGUGCUUGUAUCUGAACUAACCGGGAAAACUGUAGGGCUAUUUUUCGGUGCCUACUGGUCUCCUCCUUGUCAUGCCUUCACCAUUCAACUUGCAGAUGCAUACAACAAUCUCAAGGAUACAAAGGGCCACUGCUUUGAGAUUGUUUUAGUUUCAACAGAUAGGGACCUUAAAGAAUUCAAUGUCAACAGAACUAGCAUGCCUUGGCUUGCUAUCCCAUAUGAAGACAGAACAAGGCAUGACCUCUGUAGAAUCUUUGAUAUAAAAAAAAUCCCAGCUUUGGUUUUCAUUGGACCAGAUGGAAAAGUCAUUAGUUUGAAUGGACAGUUCAUGGUCUCCUCAUACGGAGCAGAAGCUUUUCCAUUUACUGAAUCGAGGAUAAGAGAUUUAGAAGCGGCCCUGAGAAAGGAAGGAGAGGCUUUGCCUCAACAGGUUGAGGAUGUCAAGCAUGAACAUCUACUUAAAUUGGAUAUGGCCAAAGCAUAUGUAUGUGAUUCUUGUAAGAAACAAGGCAAGUUCUGGACAUUCUCUUGUGAUGUUUGUGACUAUGAUCUUCAUCCUAGUUGUCUUGAGAAGGUCAACAAUGACCAAUGUUGGUAGAAAAUAGAAUCACACAAGAUUGCAACCACUUAUAUUCAUGAGCUACUUUGGUAGUGAUGGACUUCAAAUUGUGAAACAUAAGAUAAUACAUGUCUUUUGUUCCUAUCAUUAAGUUGUUAAAGCCUACUAUUUGAAAGGUAAGUUUUUGUAAGGGAAAUGUCUGAGCAGAUCAAUUACUCUACCAUUUAAUGAAAAGUUUAGGCAAACCCUUCCUUUAGCAGUGUAUGGGAUAUAUUUAGAGCAUGCUUGUAUACUUAUUUUGCUAAAUAUACGACUACUAUGUCCUCUAGUAAAUUUAAAUGGUUUUUCUUUUCA